UGUUGAGUUGCUUUCAGGUCAGCGGAGGCAGCAGUGGGUGUGGUUAGUCUCCUAGGUGUGUGAGGAAGAGGCUGCCCAGGUGUGUCUCCGUGCUCGACGACCCAGGAAGUGACUCUGUCACCUGGAGCCACCGAACACAACAGAGCCACUUUCCGCUCUGAACACGACACAUUGAUACGGUUUCACAGAGGAAACAGUGUUGGAUCCUGUUGGACUCCAGCCGCUCACAUCCUGACAUGUCUGCAAGAUACGAAUACGAGGGCCACAAUGGUCGCCAUGAGCGGAUCGACUUCUUGACCAACAAAGAGAAGGCGUCGGCAAAGCGGAAAACCGGCGUCAUCGUCGGGGUUCUUCUGGCUGUUCUCGUCCUUGCAGCUGUUGCAGCGUUCCUCAUUUGGCGGUUUGUCUUUAAAGAUGCGAAUUCAGAAAGCACCCUCAGCAGACACAGCGGCGUGCCACCGCAGCUCUUCAGUGGGCACAUGAAGCUGACUGGUGUACCAUAUGCUCAGAAACUGGAGGACGCCGACAGCAAGGAAUUCAAGAACUUGGCGCAAAAGCUGGAGGCAAUUCUGGGGGAAAACUACAAGAAAGAUCCAUUGCUGGGGGAACACCACACUAAAACGGUGGUCACUGCGUUCAGUGAGGGUGUGAUAGCCUAUUACUGGUCCCAGUUUGAUAUCCCGCCCGAAGAGCAGGAGAUGGCACCCGAGUUCUCAGAGGAGCGGGUGUUGGACGCACUGGAGAGCAGCCUGAACGGGCAGCGCACCAUGGGGAACAUUAAGAUCACAGAAAUCACCACCUCGGUCACAGAUCAUCGCAUGGCUAGGACACCCACAGCCACGGAGUGUUUCUUCCGCCUGGAGGCUGAAGACAAAGUGAAAAAGUUCUCGUCUCCGGGAUACCCCAAGGCCUACCCCCCCAAGUCAAGGUGUCAGUGGCAAAUCCGAGCGUCGGAGAACAAAGCCAUAUCCGUCACUUUCCCUUUUUUCCAUGUCGAGGACGACUGCUCGGACGACUUUGUCUUCAUCUAUGACUCUCUGAGUCCCGACGAAUCUCAAGCCAUCACGAAGCAGUGUGGUCAGAGGCCUCCCUCCAACCCGCUGCAGGUGGUGUCAUCCGGCAACAUUAUGCUGAUUAACUUGAUCACUGACACCGUCGUACAGAGGCCGGGCUUUGAGGCAGAGUACAGAGCCAUCCCCAAGUCUGAAGUGAAAACCUGCGGUGGUCUCCUCUCUGAAGACAAAGGAGUCUUCACCUCCCCACUUCACCCCAGCUUCUAUCCUCCUGCCGUCGACUGCAAGUGGACCAUCAAGGUCCCUGCUGGGAUCAAGGUGCGGGUGAAGUUCACCAUUUUCCGCAUGAAGGAGCCUGACGUGGACAUCCGUGUGUGUAACAAAGACUAUGUGGAGAUUAUGGGAACCAAGUACUGUGGAGAAACGUCCUCCUUGGCUGUGACCAGCUCCAGCAACGUCCUGGAAGUCCACUUCCACUCCGACGAGUCCUACACCGAUAAAGGCUUCAGCGCCGAGUACAGCGCAUACGAUCCGAAAAACCCUUGUCCUGACCAGUUGACUUGUAACUCUGGCAUCUGCAUCGGUAAAGAGCUGAAGUGCGAUGGCUGGAAUGACUGUGGCGAUAUGAGCGACGAGGUGAACUGCCGUUGUGGCAAGGACCAGUUUUCUUGUGACAACACUUUGUGCAAACCCAACCUCUGGGUGUGCGACAGUGUCAACGACUGCGGAGACUGGAGCGAUGAGAAAAGCUGCAGUUGUGAGGAGAGCGAGUUCCGCUGUGGGAACGGGGAGUGUAUGCCCAAGGAUGUCAUGUGCGACAGUAAGAAGGACUGUACGGAUGGAAGCGACGAGGCCUCUUGUAAAUCCUCCCCGGGUAUCUGCUCUGACUUCAGCUUCAAGUGCAAGAACAGUGAAUGUGUCAAUAAGGUGAACGCCGAAUGCGACCGCGUCAAAGACUGCUCCGACAACUCCGACGAGGACCACUGUGAUUGUGGCACCAGGCCUUAUAAGCUGAACCGGAUCGUGGGAGGGCAGAACGCCGAGAUGGGGGAGUGGCCCUGGCAGGUCAGCCUUCACUUCCUGACCUACGGACACACGUGUGGCGCCUCUAUCAUCUCAGACAGGUGGCUCCUUACAGCGUCCCACUGCUUUGUCACCAGCGAUCCAGCGAACCAUAUGGCCUCCAACUGGCUGACCUACAGUGGCAUGCGGGACCAGUACAAGCAGGAUGGCGUACAGCGCCGCCCGCUGAAGAGGAUCAUCUCCCACCCAGAUUACAACCAGAUGACCUUUGACUACGACGUUGCACUGCUGGAGCUCAGCGAGCCGCUGCAGUUCACUAACACCCUCCAACCCAUCUGCCUCCCGUCUUCCUCCCACAUCUUCCCAGCGGGCAUGGCCUGCUGGGUCACAGGCUGGGGCGCGCUCCGAGAAGGAGGUCAAAAAGCACAGCUGCUGCAGAAGGCGUCGGUGAAAAUCAUCAACGACACGGUGUGCAACGUGGUCACGGAGGGCCAAGUCACCUCCAGGAUGCUCUGCAGCGGAUUCUUGGCAGGAGGAGUUGACGCAUGCCAGGGAGACUCCGGCGGCCCCCUGGUGUGCUUCGAGGAGAGUGGGAAGUGGUUCCAGGCCGGCGUCGUGAGCUGGGGCGAGGGCUGCGCUCGUCGGAACAAGCCCGGCGUGUACUCGCGCGUCACCAAGCUGAGGCAGUGGAUCAAGAAGGAGACGGGAGUUUGACGAUGCUGUGAUGAAGAGGGAGAGAUGCAGAGAGGGGAACAACGUCAGAGUGCUAAAAAUAAUGGAGAGGGAACAUUUGAGUCUGAUUCAGGACUCCGAGUCUCUCCAAGAUGUUUUCAUUCAGCAGCAGAAUCCGGAGACUGUUGCAUGGACCCAGCGACUCACAUCAGUGACUCAGAGCACUUUAUUUGGUUGCCAACCCCCUUUUUCCCACACACACACACAUAAACAAACAUAAACCACAGCAACCCACACUUUGUAUAUAGAUUAUAAAGGUGUAAAUCUGUGAAGUGCCUUUUGCCCACAUCAAUCACGUCACGUACAAAAAAAUCUAAUAUAUAUAUAUUCUGGGAAUCAUUUUCCUAGUAUUUAUAAAAUGCAACAUUUUAAGAUUAUGGCAGCAUUUUUACAUUUUACUUAAGCUUCUGAAUACUCCCUGAAAAUAUCAUUUUAAAACUUAGAAUUAUAUAAUUUCUAAAAAAGUGCAAUGCUUUCAUUCUCUUUGGCUGCGGCGAAUUUUGCACCUUUUGCCACUGGGCUCAUGCUGUUGAUGGCUUUAAUCAUUCGGGUUUUUCUUAAUCCUAUAUCUUAAAGGAUCGUAAUGUGUCCUUCAAUCUUUCUGCUGCAACACUCUUAGCAUCAUCCCCGAACAUUUUUAAGAGAACAGCAUAGGUUAUUUUUUUUCUGCCAGGUAGCCAUUAGUCUGUUUGUAUCUUUUUUAAAGUAUAAAUAUCAAGCUGCAGAGACAGUUGUAUGUACCAUGUGGUGAUAACAGAAGUUUAACCAAAUACAAAAAAGGAGAGGAAAAAAAACAUGCUUAAAUCCAUUAAGGGGCAUUUUCAUAUUAUACUGAAGUAAAUGAAAGUCAGAAGCUGCCCGGAGGGGAGAAGAUGCAUUAAUCAAUCUUAAAGCCCACAGUUUGCCGUGGAAAGUGGUCGGCAGCGAUGUUAAGUACAUCAGGUUUGUAGCUGGUGGGCUAAAACAGGCAACAACUCCAGCAGGGUCCCUGGGGGGGGGGAUUCUGAUCUGAGACUGGAGAGAUGAGGCUCGAGUUGUUUUAAGUUGCCUUAGGAUCUGAAUCUGAAUCUGUCUGGGGCCAGGGAUCAGUAUUUAAAAUUUUACACCUUUACAGAUACAUUUGCUCAGGGUGAUUGACGUCUUCACUCACACGAGGGCCACAGCAAACCCACGGGGUCGUCACUAGAUGCCAGAGCAAUGAAAUGAGAUUUUAUCCCUGCGAGGGUUCUUAAAUGUAAGAUUUAACUGGGGGGGGGGGGUAUUUUAGUCAGAUCCUGGAUAAGCAAACCAAAGAUAUGCAGAAGUAUUGUUGUGCAGUUCAGAAGAAAGUUUAGUGGGGAACAUGGCUCAGUGGAUCUCCACUAACUCCAGAGCCUCACGGUUCGUGUGAAUGUGUAUUCUCCAGAAAGUAGAGAGUAAACACAACUUGAUAUUUCCAUGAGCACUGUGCACCGACAUGGACUCACUGUACUUCAUACCCUGCCUUUUGUUUGUGUUUUUAUAUGGUUUUAUACAAAAGAUUGAGGAUAAUAAAGAUCAUUUAUCUCAUAGCGUUA